AUGGGUGCUUAUAAAUAUAUGCAAGAGAUAUGGCGUAAAAAGCAAUCCGAGGUUAUGAGAUAUCUUCUUCGUGUUCGAUGUUGGCAGUAUCGUCAGUUAUCUGCAGUGCAUCGUAUAUCGCGGCCAACUCGCCCAGAAAAGGCUCGACGACUUGGUUAUCGAGCGAAACAAGGUUUCAUUAUGUAUAGGGUUCGUGUGCGAAGAGGUGGUCGCAAGCGUCAUGUUAUUAAAGGUCAGACUUAUGGGAAACCAAAGAAUCAUGGUGUCAAUGAACUUAAAUUUGCCCGAAAUAAGCAGUCUGUUGCUGAAGAACGAGUCGGUAGACGUUGUGGAAGUCUGCGUGUAUUAAAUUCUUAUUGGAUUGGGCAAGACUCAACUUAUAAAUUUUUUGAAGUAAUCCUCGUCGAUCCUGCGCACAAGGCUAUUAGAAGAACAGCAGACCUACAAUGGAUAACGAAACCUGUCCAUAAACAUCGUGAAUUGCGUGGAUUGACGUCAGCUGGGCGUAAAAGUCGAGGUCUUGGUAAAGGUCAUCGAUAUUCUGCGACUAAAGGUGGAUCACGUAGAAAAUGUUGGUUGCGUAGAAAUACUCUUUCACUUCGUCGCAAGCGUUAA